AUGAAAAUUCGAGUUGAUAAAAAAAAGGGGAAAUAUUAUGUACAUAGUCUUGAGCUCAGUCAUAAUCAUGCUCUUCAUGUUCCACAAUGCGCUCACAUGAUGCCAUCACAACAAAAGAUCUCAAAAGCACAAGAAUUAGAAAUUGAUUUGGCUGAGGCUAGUGGUAUAAAAUUAAAAGAUUCAUAUGAGUUCAUGGGCAGGCAAGCCAGUGGGAAAGAUGUUCUUGGUUACACUAAGCAAGAUCAAAAGAACUACCUUCACAACAAACGACAACGAGAGCUGAAAUAUGUUUCUUUUGAUGCGACAUACAGAACUAAUAAGGAGUAUCGACCGCUUGCAAUGUUUGUUGGGUUUAAUCAUCAUAGAGAGGUUGUGAUAUUUGGGGCUGCACUUCUAUACGAUGAAACUAUAGAGUCCUUCCAAUGGUUGUUUGAAACUUUCUUUGAGGUGAUGUUGGGGAAGAAGCCAAAUACAAUCUUUACUGAUCAAGAUCCAGCAAUGGCAAAAGCUAUCUCAUUAGUGAUGCCUGAUACUUACCAUCAAUUGUGUACGUGGCAUUUAAUGCAAAAUGCUUUGAAACAUGUUGGUCAUUUAUUAAGAGGUGAGAAUGGGUUUAGAAGUGAUCUCAAUGCAUGUUUUAAAGUUUGGGAAGAGGAAGAGGAGUUUCUUAGUGCUUGGAAUGAUAUACUUCAUAAGCACAAUGUAUAUGAUAAUUCUUGGCUACAACGUUUAUUUGAAGUGAAAGAUAAAUGGGCUAAGGCAUAUGUUAAGAUGUCUUUUUCUGCAGGAAUAACUUCGACACAAUUGAGUGAAAGUUUGAAUGCUGACUUGAAUGAUUAUUUACAAUCAGAUUAUGAUAUUGUAAAGUUCUUCACACAUUUUGAAAGAUUACUUAAUGAUAAGCACUACAAGGAAUUGUUGGCAGAGUAUAAUUUAAGGCAAAAGUUACCAAAAAUUAAGAUGAAGUCACCUAUGUUGAUACAAGCAGCAUAG